UAUUUUGCUGUGUUGUACAGGCUGGUUUGCAAAACCUACAGAAAAGAAUACAUCUGUGAGUCCUCAUGAGGACAUGAAGGCGGCAUUUAUGACUGAAAUGAAAGCGGAAAACAUCAAGCAGUUUCUUUACAAUUUUACACAGCUUCCUCACCUAGCAGGAACAAAGGAAAAUCUGCAUCUGGCACAGCAAGUCCAAGCUGAGUGGAAGGAGUUUGGUUUGGAUUCUGUUCAGCUGGUUCAUUAUGAUGUCUUGCUCUCUUACCCUGAUGAUACUAAGCCCAACUACAUCUCAAUAAUUGAUGAGCAUGGAAAUGAGAUUUUUAACACAUCGUUAUCUGAGCCCUCUCCUCCAGGAUAUGAGACUGUUAGAGAUGUGGUGCCACCCUACAGUGCGUUUUCAGCCCAAGGAAUGCCUCAGGGCGAGUUAGUGUAUGUGAAUUAUGGCCGCACUGAGGAUUUCUUUAAGCUAGAACGUGAAAUGGGAAUUAACUGUACGGGAAAGAUUGCUAUUGCCAGAUAUGGGAAGAUCUUCAGAGGAAAUAAGGUGAAGAAUGCUGAAUUGGCAGGUGCCAAGGGAGUUAUUCUGUACUCUGACCCUGCUGACUACUACGCCCCAGGAGUAGAUCCUUAUCCAAAUGGCUGGAAUCUGCCAGGUGGAGGAGCCCAGCGUGGAAAUGUGUUAAACCUGAAUGGGGCAGGGGAUCCCCUGACGCCAGGUUAUCCUGCAAAAGAGUACACCUACCGAUUAGACAAAGCCAGUGGUGUAGGUCUCCCAAAAAUUCCAGUUCAUCCCAUUGGCUAUCAUGAUGCCGAGUUAUUACUACGUAAUAUGGGAGGAUAUGCACCACCGCAUAGUAGCUGGAAAGGAAAUUUGAAUGUGUCUUACAACGUUGGUCCUGGUUUCACAACAAAUUAUUCUACAAGAAAGGUGAAAAUGCACAUUCAUAGUAACAGUGAAGUAAGAAGGAUUUACAAUGUGAUUGGUACCAUCAGAGGCACAGUGGAGCCAGAUAGAUAUGUCAUCCUGGGAGGCCACCGUGACUCAUGGGUGUUUGGUGGCAUUGAUCCUCAGAGUGGGGCAGCUGUGGUUCAUGAGAUUGUGAGGAGCUUUGGAAGACUAAAAAGGAAAGGAUGGAGGCCAAGGAGAACAGUGAUAUUUGCAAGCUGGGAUGCAGAGGAAUUUGGCUUGUUAGGAUCGACAGAGUGGGCUGAGGAAAAUGCCAAAGUAUUGCAAGCACGGGGAGUGGCUUAUAUCAAUGCAGAUUCCUCCAUCGAAGGAAACUACACACUACGAGUGGAUUGCACACCACUGAUGUACAGACUGGUAUACAGUCUGACUAAAGAGAUACCAAGUCCUGAUGAGGGGUUUGAAGGAAAAUCUCUUUAUGAGAGCUGGUAUAAAAAAAAUCCAUCAAGUGAAUAUAAAGAGGUCCCCAGAAUAAAUAAACUGGGUUCUGGAAAUGACUUCGAAGUCUUUUUUCAACGUCUUGGCAUCGCUUCAGGGAGAGCACGUUACAGUAAAAAUUUGAAUGUGGAAAAAUAUAGCAGCUAUCCAGUUUACCACACUGUCUAUGAAACCUAUGAAAUUGUGGAGAGAUUUUAUGAUCCCACUUUCAAGAAUCAUCUGACAGUAGCUCAGGUACGGGGAGGGCUGGUUUUUGAAUUGGCCAACUCCAUUGUGCUUCCUUUCGACUGUAGAGAUUAUGCAUCAGCUGUCAGCAACUAUGCUCACAUCAUCUAUAAUUUGUCAAGGAAUCAUGAAGAGGAACUGGCAACAUACAGUGUAUCCUUUGAUGCUCUCUUUUCAGCUGUGGAGAAUUUUACAGAAGUUGCUGCUAGCUUUCAUGACAGACUGCAACAAAUAGAUACCAAUAACCUACUUGCUGUCAGAUCACUAAAUGAUCAGCUCAUGUUGCUAGAAAGGGCUUUCAUUGAUCCUCUUGGAUUACCUGGCAGGCCAUUCUAUAGACAUGUUAUCUUUGCUCCAAGCAGCCAUAACAAGUAUGCAGGAGAAUCAUUCCCAGGGAUCUACGAUGCCAUGUUUGACAUUAAAAACAAAGCUGAUCAACAUGAAGCCUGGGAAGAAGUUAAGAAGCAGAUUUCCAUUGCAGCCUUCACUGUGCAGGCAGCAGCAGAAACACUGAAAGAAGUAGCUUAAAUAUCAACAACAUAAUCAUCAAUGAAGACUACAUAUGACAGUUUGCAGAAGCCUUAAAAACAGAGCAUUUAAAAACACUAGGAGGAUUAUUACAGAAAAAGAUAUAAAGAACAGAAAAUCAAAAAAGUCUUGUUCUUUGCAAACAAUAUACCCAAGUGGAAUGAAUUUAACAGUGUUAACUGUGUAAUGCACCACACUCAGAGAGCUCAGGCUUUAGAUAUCUUCUGAAGUGAGAGUGAAAAACUUUCAUGUUUUCUCUCAGCUUCAUGUUUUAAAAAUUACUAAUCACUGGAUUUAUUUUCAGGGCUUUGAAUUUUGCUAGCCUGAUUAUUAUGGGAGUCUUCAUUGUGUAUCAGGAGACCAGAAGUCAUUUCCUGUUUCUAAUUUUUUGUUAACUUCUGAUUAUUUACCUUGCAGUUGCAUAAUUAUACUCCAGGAUGGCCCUUUCAGCUCUCCUUUUACACAAAGAUUCAUGUUAUGAAGGUGGUAAAACUGUCACAUACCGUGUGCAGGAUGUAUAAUGAUCAUAACAAAUUUUGGGCAGACAGCCCAGAAUACUCAUCCAUAAUGUUCUUCUUUCACAUGCUGACUCUUGCAGCUGGUUGCAAAUAAAAGGCAAGAAGCCACCUAAGUCACCAGAGUAAAAUCAAGGCAAUACAUCUUGUCAGACAUCAUCUCACAGAACAUGUCUUUUGAGAUUAAGACCUACUUUUAUUCUUUUAUCCAAAAUCUACCCCGGCUAUGCCUCUUCCCAUAUUAAGGUAUUUUUAAUAUGAAGACAACUAGAAGCAAAGAUCAUACCCUUAGUUUGAAAGUAUACCAGAUUAUUACUGUCUUUGUAGAGUCUGUAUUUCUAAUUUUGGUGUGCAGUUUAUUCCUAUGACAGGCUGCUCAAAAGACUACUACCUACUUCAUUGCUGCUGGCUGCUCCACUGCUCCUUUUGCCAGUGGAGAGUUUAUUAUGUUGGUCUACAAGCCACCUCUGGCAAAACGAGCCAGGUUAGUUUAGAUCAUCAGUUAGGUUGACCUAGAGGAUUUUAUCUGCAGUAAUCAAGGCAAUGAUGAUAAUACAAAUGCACCAUUCAGAAAGGAGCAGCAAUAAACAGCUUCUGUUAACUAGCUGAGUACAAAAAGUAUUUUUCUAUUGCUAAGGAGGAUAAACUGAAGCACCAGACUCCAAAAUUGGGAUGAUCUUUCCCUAAGUGACCUGUAAACUUUGUCAGCAAAUUUUUCGCUCAGCCCAAAACACAAUUUUUUAAUCUCUGGCCUAACCAUAGCAUUAUUCCAUUUAAGUUUAAUUAGAGCUCUUUUUGGCAAUAGCUAGCAGAUAAUAUGCAAUGUCAGGGCUGAGGACCUCACAAAAUACAGAGAUAGUUACACUCUUAAACUACAGCAACAUUCAUUUUUAAAAAAAAAAAUAAUCUGGGCUUUCACCUAAUCACUGCAGGGAACAGGGUAUAGGAACAGAAGUUCUCCCUUUCCUAUUGACUCUGUUCCCCUGCACACAAAAAACUCAAGGCUAACUAAUCCAGAGAGAGGAAGCAACUGGUUGUAAUGCAGUGGUUUACAUGAUGUUUUGGUAAAGUGGAAUUCAAACUGUCCAGUGCCUUCUCACACAUUUGGGUCUGCUUUGUGACCCAUCUUUGUUCAGUGCAAACCACAACCUGUAGCAUUUGAAUUUGUAAAGCAAAUGGAGCCUUGCUUAAUUUUAAAAUAAUGUUUUAGAUGGACUCAGUCCAACUUGUUCCCUAAGCCCUAACCCAGUCUCCUGUCAAAGAGAUCUAAGACCCUAUGCUCCAUGCUGUCAAUGAGGGUCUUUCCCCAACUCGCUUGUCAGCAUGAAGCUUUUCUGAACUCCAUUCUGAGAAGCCUAAUACUUGGUGCUGACUUCUUUUGAGACAGCCACUGUGAUUCUUAUCCUUAGCUUAUCCAGCAUCAUCUUUGGUGUUUCUGACCCUGCUACACAAAACCACCACAAUUUACAAAUUUGUUAUGAGAAACCAGCACUCAUUCUGGUUUUCCUCCAUAUACUGGGCUGCAACUUGUGCCUGUUCAUCAGCAUCUUCAAGAGGUGCUAAGACAUCUUUGCAUGUUUAUCUGGGCCUUGCUGAGAGAGGGAAAUACAGACAAGAGGUGGUAGGCAGGAUGGGUAUUCCAUGGUAAGGUGUCUGUGCUUGUAAGUGUAUACCUCAGACUCCUUCAUUUCUGUGAGGAAGGAAGCACAGGUGUCUAGUUCUGCAAGCCCCAAGUUAGACAAGGUAGCACCUAUCAUUUAGACACAUUAUGGCCCAUUCUAAAGUUCUUGAUCAGUUUUUAAAUUUAAAAUAAAGAUGCUUUUUAGUCUUCAAGAACUUCUAUGCAAAUUCUGGUAAGAACGUUCUUCUGACUAAAUCAUUUCUUACUGUCAGUCUUCCAUGCAGUCUAGACAGAGCCACUGUAGCCCUCAGCUCCUCAGAGAUUAUUCCAGGCAGAAGUGGCUGGUGUUAUUGCUGGACAGCAAAGGGCAAAGCUUAUGUAGCUAAUUACUGAAGCUACAUGAUCUGUAGUCAGCUGUCCAACUCAUAUGUCAAAAUAUAUGCAUGGAUGCAUAUGCAACUGUCCAUUUCCUAUGUUUGUCACUAGGAUUAUGAGUUCUAAACAAAAAGCAAAAAAUGAAACAAUAGUUGUAUAUGCCUCGAGAAAUGUCACUUCACAUGACUCAUUUACUAGGAUGAUACAAAGAAACAAGGGUCACAUUUCACAUUUAUAAUCAAAUUUGGGCCAACUGACAAGUGCCAGGAAAUGAAGACAUCUAGUUUCUACCAAACAAGUGGGGAACAACGGUUAAAUAAAUAAGUAAUAUGUGUUAAAAGCACCGUCUGUUAAUAUGUUCUUGCAAACUUUGUAGCUGCGCUGAGAAACAUUUCCAGUCCAUUGAUUUUUAGAGCUCAGAAAACUGUCUGAACCAGCCACAUGUGCAGAGAGGUGGUAUGCUAUGGAGCAGUCUAUUAAGAAAAGGCAGACAAUUUGAAGCCAGCUACAGGAAUAACUACUUUUUAAGCAUCUGCAUUUUUUAUUAGAUCUGCCAGGGUAUCUCAGGGGCAUACCUAUUAGCUAACUCAAACCCUGACUGUCAAAUCCUUUCCUACACAAGGAGUCAAGAUAAGAUUUGUGUGCUAAUUCACCUUCAGCAAAGUAGAACUUUAAAGACUUUUUCUAGACUUCUACAGUGAGUUGAAAUUUAACGCUGGCAAAUGUUGUUGACCAGACAGAUGAUUUGGCUCUCAAGCUCUGAUACUAUUCCACAGUAAUUGGCCAACAAGGACUGUUGAAUUAAAUAAAAAAAAAAAAAAAAAUCAGUUGUUAACAGGAACAAAACCUAAAAUCAACUUAGUAUGUUGAAUUUACAAUUUAUUCAUCAUCUAACCUGAGCCAGCUGUUCAUGUAACCACAGGUGUUUUUAGCUAGAGAUGGCCAUUAGCAGAGCUGUUUACUAUAAUCAACUUUCAGUUCUUUUAUUUUCUAAACAUGCUGUAAGUAAUACUUGGAAGAACUAAGAUCCUAAUGCCAGACAGCUCCUUGCAAACACUCAUUUGGCUUUUACAGUUAUUGCAGACAAACUCACCGAGUCAUUGAUUUAUAUACAGCAGCAGACCUAAUUAUAAGACAGGAGCUUUAUAAGCAUUUAGUAAGCAGAGGGAAGAACCUAGCUGGAACUGUGGCAUUGUUGAGAGGAUCCUUUCCAGUUUGAGCAAUUUCAUUAAAGAAUCUGGAGGUGAAGUGAAAAAGUAGCAGCAUUUUUUUAAGAAAGUACUUCCUAUCAUGAUCAUAAAUUGGAUGGUCUGAAAAUUUUCCAAAGAAGUCCACACAAUGACCAUCCUAAAUGAACAUCUAAAUUACUAACCAAUAUUGUUGAAAUGUGUGUUGAAAAGAUAGAAACUAUACUUGUAUUAAAAUAAAUGCUUGCUUUCAUGAAACCAGCAAUGUUAGUGUUUCUUUGGCUGGAAAGUCUGUUGACCUGGCGGCAUAAUUUCUAAAUUAAGAUGCUGUUGACACAGAUCUUAUUUCAAGUGUUGAUUUAGCUGAGACAGAGAAAUCGCAGGUAGUCAAGCUCUUUCAGAUGGGACCUGUGCUCCUCUCUGCUUGUAUGAGCAGUUUGAAAUGUGCUGUCGGACUACACACAAUACCGUCAUGGAGCAGAGCAGCCAACUUUCACAGCUGGAGUCAGAAUAAAUUGUAUUCUUUCACCUGAUGGACAGCAGAUCCCCAGGGCAGGGGAUUGUAGUAAAUGGAAGAAUAUCACACAAUUAUAGGAUCAUGGGGUUAGAAGAGAACUCACAACAUCUCUAGUGCAAACUCCUGCUCAAAGCACAGUGAGCUCCAGGGUCAGGCCAGGUUGCACAGAGUUUUAUCAAGUCCAGUCUUGAAAAUCUCCGAGGAUGGAGAUCGCAUAACAUCUUUGUGCAACAUAUUCCAGUGCUUCACAGCCCUUAUGAUGGAAAAGCUUUUCCUUGUAUCCAGACAAAACUGCGUUGUUUCAGUUUAUGACUUGUUUUUCAUCCUCUUGUCAUGCACCACUGAAGAGGCUGGCUCUGUCUUCUUGAGAAACUUCUUGUACGUGAUGGAAGAUAUUGUUUGAUUUAUGUUCAAUGCAUGGUCCUUUACUCUGCCUCACUAGGUACAUUCCUCUUGUAGACGAAAGGGUCAAAGUUUGCAAGAGGAACUUGUCAGCUGACAGCAAUGUAAACUUUAUUUUAACUGGAGUCUGAUAAUGGACUCCUGAAGUUCAAGAUAACAGAGACUCCGACUCAAAGCAUCGAAAACUACUACUCUGUUAACCUAGUAGUCAGAUAGACUGCAGAGGCCAUGAGAGAGUUUUGGGGAACUGCAACUGGCAGAGUCAGAAGGAAACUACUCAUUUGAAAUUGCGGUUGAGUAUUCCCCUGUUGCCAUUUUCCUGCAAGAGCUGCCUUUCCCACGCACCAGGGCACUUUGAUCUCUCUAGCCACAAGUUCAACCUUUGGUCAAACAACAGGCCAAGCAGCACAACAGUAGCAUAUCUUUCUUGCUGCUGAUAUUAACCUUUGGGGCCCAGUUGCUGAGCAGCUACAACCUACAGUUUACAAGCCCUGGGAUUAAUUCUGUGUAUUUGUGUUUGUACUGUUUGUGAUUUUGCUAAUUGGCUGCAUAGCAUCAUUAUGCAUUCAACAAACAAAUGCCUGCUAGUUUUGCAUUUGUCAUGUGUAUCUGCCAUUUUUGGAGCUUUUCUAGUUUACCAUGUUUGGGGGGUUUUUUGUUAUGGUUUGGGGUUUGUUGUUUGGGGUUAUUUUUUUUAACUAAGUAGAUUAUAUAUAGCUAUCUACAAGUUCUGCUACCUUCAGCUGAACCUCACUCUUGUUUUCACUCUCAACAUGUGCAAUUCUCACUACUCCUGAGCUCAGUAUGAGGCCUAUGCUGUAACCAAUAGUUUUCUUGCUAGUUUUAAAAGUGGUAUUAAUUUGAAGAAGUACUGUGUGUUCAGGAGUUUGUCUGUAUUUUGUGCUUUUUUUCCAGUUUUGUCAUCUGGUCUGAGAAAA